CAUUUCUUAAUUUUUGAUUUAUUUUUUUAAAAUUUUGGAGAUUAAAUUAGGGUUUUUGGGCGGAAAAUUUUGCAUCCCAUCGAGAUUCGAUUUGAGAUUUUUGAUUAUCAAUCAGGGAAACCAAAAGAAACAAGAGAAAUCAGGCAAAGCAUGGAGAACGGUCACGAUGGGAAAUUGGCUGAAAAAUUAUCGGGAUUGGCCCUCAACGACAAGGACAACAAAGAACCCUCCAACGACGAUAGCUUGUUUCAGGUCAUGAAAGCUGUUGAGGCCGCUGAAGCCACCAUUAAACAACAGGCGGAAGAGAACAGUCGAUUGAGGUCCGAACUGCAGAAGAAAAUUGAGCAACUCGAACAAUAUAGAGUGGAAAGUGGCAGUAAUCCAAAUGCUUCUGCUAACGGAGCUACCAAUUCCAGUUUAAAUGGCACUUUGAAUACACUUCCUGCUGCUGUUGCUGCUUCUGUCAAUAACGCUGGCGCUGCUCCUUCUCAUUUCUCUUCGCCGUCCACAGCUACCUCUUUUUCACCUACCAGGUAUCAAUUAGAAGGAGAAUAUGAUUCUCGAUUGCCACAGGGUCUCAUGCCAAUGCCUCAAGGAAAUAGUUCGAAUUCUCUAUGGAAACAGGAUGUUGCCCUCAAGGUUCGGGAACAUGAAGAAGAGAUUUUGCAGUUGCGCAAACAGCUUGCUGAAUUUUCUGUCAAGGAAGCACAAAUUCGCAACGAAAAAUAUGUUCUUGAAAAGCGCAUUGCCUAUAUGCGUCUGGCUUUUGAUCAACAACAACAGGACCUUGUUGAUGCUGCAUCAAAAGCUCUCUCUUAUAGGCAAGACAUAAUUGAGGAAAAUAUUCGUCUCACAUAUCAAUUACAGGCUGCUCAGCAAGAACGAACAACUUUUGUGUCAUCUUUGCUUCCUCUUCUGGCAGAGUAUUCCCUGCACCCACCGGUACCUGAUGCUCAGUCCAUUGUAAGCAAUGUCAAGGUUCUAUUUAAACAUCUGCAGGAGAAGCUUAUUAUUACUGAGUCAAAGCUAAAGGAGUCACAGUAUCAAUUGGCACCUUGGCGGAUGGAUGUCAAUCAUUCCAAUUUUGCCCCACAGUCUCCAUCUCAUUCCCUUGGUGCAACAUUGAGAACUUCAAGCAAAAAUGCCCUAGAAUUGGUGCCUCAGCAGGCAUAUUCUCAGGGAAAGACGCAGGUAACUUCUGAUGCUCAAACAGACUCCAAUUGGGAUCUUCCGGAUCAGCACCAAGGUGGUUUGGGUGGUGGUAUUGCUUCAAAAAAUUUGGAACCCGAUGAUUUGGGGAGGUAUUCACCUAUAGCAAGCAGGACUUCUACUGCCAAUGAGAUACCAACACAGCUUGCAGUUUCUCGUGGUGACAUGCAUACUAUGCAAUAUGGUGAAGAAACUAUUAAUAAACAAGUUACAUUUCGUGACCCUGUCAGCAAUAGUGAGAUGGAUGAUCCUGAUACUGAGGGACACCAGAUUGAAAGAGAAACUCCCUCCAAUUGGGGUUCAGGAAACUCUCCUUAUGCAACUACACUUGAUGAUCCCAGUUCCUCGUAUCCUCCUUAUCUGCCACCAGUUCUUGAAGAGCCCUCAUCUUCUUUUUCUGAGGCUGCAGAGGAUGACCCCCUGCCAGCUAUAGAGGGCCUCCAAAUUUCAGGUGAAGCUUAUCCAGGAAGGGAACUCCAGGCAUGUGGAUAUUCUAUUAAUGGAACUACCAGCUGUAACUUCGAGUGGGUGCGCCACAAGGAAGAUGGAUCUGUUAAUUAUAUUGAUGGAGCAAAGCAACCAAACUAUCUUGUUACUGCUGAUGAUGUUGAUACAUACCUUGCUAUUGAAGUCCAGCCUCUAGAUAACAGAAAACGCAAGGGAGAGCUGGUGAAGGUAUUUGCCAAUGAGCACAAGAAGAUUACAUGUGAUUCGGAGAUGCAAAGCCAUCUAGAGAAGAAUCUUUAUAGUGGUCAUGCUUCAUACAAAGUUUCAUUCUCGACAGGAUAUCUUGAUAUAUGGGAACCAGCUAUGUUGGCCAUUAAGAGGGAAGGUUACAGUAUCAAGUGUGGUGCACCCAAUGGUCUUGUAGUCACUGAAAAGUUCUCUCCAACCACACAGGUUAAAGUAACAUUCGGAGAGCCUACAGAAUUUUUAAUUAUUGGACCAAAUGGUGUUCAGCAUUUAUUACGAGUAGACAGCAACUCCACAGAUAUUAGCUGUUCAAGAGAUUUAAUUGUGCUCACCUUGAGAUUAUUCAUCAUACGGCUAUUGCAGGCUGGUGAGAGGAGGAAAGGGAAGAAGAGAGGUUUAUUCUUUAACAAGUAAGGUGCAUGGUUUGCUUACGGUGCAGCUCAGUAAGAAACCUUGCUAUUGAGAUUGUUUAGUACAUAUUUGAGGACCGGGUAUCUUGCUUAACUUGUUGAGUAGCUAGCUUUUGUGUUCUAAUAAUUUUUACAGGCAGCAAAUGGCGAGUUGUAAUUACAAAUUGUAUCGAUAUUUUUGUCCUCGAUGCUGUAAUAUCUUGCUCUUAUUUGGCUUUGGUAUUGUAAAGAGAAUCACAAUAUCACUAGAUAUUGGCACGGAUUGAGUUGGUAUAUCAGCUCUGAGGUCAUCAUAUAACAUGGUGGUUGGUCAAUUUUGUGCUUUAAACCAUGUCUGAUUCUUUUCUUUUCUUUUCUUUCCCUAGCCAGUUGGGUCUCUUAGGAUGGGUGUCUCUCAUUUGACGUAAGCCAAGCCAGCUUGAGACGAUAUGCAAUGCACCUCCUUCGAUCAUGAAAUUAAAUGAAAUCCAAAUAUUCCUAUUU